AUGAGCCUGCCCAGUGGUAUGGAUAUGUCGGCCCUCAUGUCUCAACACCCCGUGCUGGGAGCUAUCCCGCCCGCCUUCUUCCUGCGGGCCACGGAGCGGUACCAGCGCACCCCCAAGUGUGCGCGCUGCCGCAACCACGGCGUCGUGUCGGCCCUGAAGGGCCACAAGCGGUACUGCAGGUGGCGAGACUGUGUCUGCGCCAAGUGCACCCUCAUCGCAGAGAGGCAACGCGUCAUGGCCGCACAGGUGGCGUUGAGACGUCAACAGGCGCAGGAAGAGAGCGAAGCACGGGAAUUGGGCAUGCUGUACAACGCGUCGGCCGCUCCCCACGCAGCAGUGGGAGCACCGCCCGUGGUGCCACCCUCCGGAGGCGGCCAGGAGUUGGCGAUAAAUAUACUGCAACAGCAGCAGAGAAGCGUUCAACAGCCGGCCUUCCCGGGGGCCACCAGCAGCGGUGACAGCGCGCCACCGGAGCCACUGCACCACAGUCCUCCUUCCAGCGCGAAGCGGGCGAGGAUCUCUGUAGACGAUCUGGAAACAGGAGCAGAAGACGAGGACGAAGAAGACGACGAAGAGGAGGAAAUAAGCGGCAGGGGGUCACCAUCCGCGCCCUCCACUGCUGUGCCCGACAUGAAACACCAGCCUCAACCCUCACGCCGGAGUUCCUCACUGUCGCCUCCACCGCCCGCGCUGCCCCUGUCAGUAUCAACAACACCGUCCCCCGAGCCAUCAUCAGCACCGCCUCCCGGACAAGACCACCCUGACGUCGACAGCAACGGCAACAACGCCGAGGCGGAGAGCGAGGCCGCGCUGCCUGAGAACUUGUCUCUUCCGAAGAAGUGUCCAGGCAUCCCGGGUAGCCCCCGGCACCAGCCACCAGCAGCUCAGCCACCUCCGUAUCUCCUGUACCACCAGCAGUACCAACAGUUCCAGCACCAACAACAGCAACAACAACACUUCCAGCAGCAACAGUACCAGCAACAACAACACCGCUCUCCAGUCGACAUUCUGCUCAGGGUUUUCCCCGGGAGACGACGAGGUGAUGUAGAGGCUCUCCUGCAGCGAUGUAAAGGCGACAUUCUGCAUGCUAUAGAGCUUCUGGUGUGUUCCAAUGGUGGCAGUGGUGGGGUCCCUAACCCACAGCAUGAAGACGCCUCUCUCAACUCACCGCCCCUCAUACCCAAAUCGGCGUUCUCACCGCUUGGACCCCUCGGACCACCACCUCAUCAGUUCCAUCACCGGUACAGCCCUCAGUCACACCGCCGGUUCCUGGCGGCACCGUAUGCCGGUACGGGAUACCUCCCUACCGUCAUCAGACCGCCACCCGAGUAUGCUAUCCCGCUGGUCGGACACCCUCACGACCUCUACAGUAGUUCUGGGAGCGGAUGCACAGACAAAGCCACUGCUUCGUCUCCCGGUUCAGGGACCGGCUCUGACAAGACAUCGUACUCCGAGUGACCGAUAGGGGUUCUUCGGCCCUCGC